GCCCCAGGGGCCAAUAGGCGCUUGCGGGGGCGUGGCCCUCGCUGCACCUUGCUCGCGGUGGGCGUGCCCUGGGCGCAUGAGCCAAUGAAAAUGCAGGGCAGUGCGCGAGUCGGAGCAGGAAAUGGCGGAGUCGCCUAGCGCGGCGGGGGCGGGGCUUGUCCCGACUCCUGCUUGGCCCGCCCCCCGUAAUUCCCGGGUGGGAACGGGGUGUCGCGGGGGGCUCCCCGGCAGGUGCGGCGGAGGCGGGCAGGGGACCCGGGCCCUACGCAGGGAGGCAGCUCUUCCUCCGCUGACCCCGGCCCGGCACCCAUGCUCUCCCAUCGGUGGCCUCCUUCCCCAGCUGUCCGCCCGGCGCCAUGCCGCCCCUGUCGUCCCUGCUGUCCCUGCGCCUGGGUCGGCUGUGGCCCCGCAGCCCGCCCUCCCGGCUCCUCGGAGCGGCCGCGGGGCAGCGGACCAGCCCCAGGAAUUACUAUGAGCUGCUGGGGGUGCAUCCCAGCGCCAGUGCCAAAGACUUGAAACGCGCCUUUUUCAUCAAAUCUAAAGAGCUGCACCCAGACAGAGACCCCGGAAACCCCACACUGCACAGCCGCUUCGUGGAACUGAGUGAAGCGUACCGCGUGCUGAGCCGAGAGCAGAGCCGCCGCGCCUACGACCAGCAGCUGCGCUCCGCCAGCCCCCCAAGGCCUCCAGGACAGGCAGCUGGGGCUGGUCCUACUUACCAAGCACACAGCCCUUGGGAACCUCCCAACGCACGGUACUGGGCCCAGUUUCCCGGCAUGAGGCCGCAGGGGCCUGGGGCGAGGCAGCAGCAGCGUAAACACAACCACCAGGUGCUGGGAUACUGCCUCCUGCUCAUGCUGGCUGGCAUGGGCCUGCACUACGUCGCCUUCAGGAAGUUGGAGCAGGUGCACCGCAGCUUCAUGGAUGAAAAGGACCGGAUCAUCACUGCCAUUUACAAUGAGACGCGGGCCAGGGCCAGGGCCAACAGAGCCAGGCUGCAGCAGGAGCGACUGCAGAGGCGGCAGUCAACAUCCUCUGGACCUUCCCAAGGCCCUGGGAUCGUGCCCGGCAGACCCUGAGGGCUCCCCUGGUGUGUCCACCGGACUCCGUCAUGCGUGCAAUAAAGUCAUUCUCGGAGCUUGA